AGCAGACUUCACAGUGCACUGAUGCAGCCCUUUCGCAACAAAAACAUGCAGACAAGAAUAGAUAUUUUACUGUGAAGAAUUAUUGCAAAGUUAAUGGACUUCAUGACAUUCUUUCGGAUACAUCCAAAGUAGGCUACUUUUUCUUUUUACUUUUUUAACCAUUGUAGGGUAAGUGACAGGAGUGCGACACAAAGUGCAAUGAGUGAAUAACUUUCUACCGGGUUUAAUAACAGAGGCUUCUGGGAGAACAACAACAACCAAAGGUUCUGAAGUCUGAACGCACCCUGGUACUGACCUUUGACCUCUAGCCAUGUCUCAGAGUAACCCCUCCUUCCAGCUCAUCCAGACUCUGAGGAAGUCUCCUGCUGUGUUCCGCCGCCGGUUCCACCUCCGGCCCAACCGCACCGCUACCCUCUCCCACGGGGAUCCCCUCUACAAGGUGCUCUACCUGGGCACUGAGAAAAUCUACUCCCUGGAUCUGGAGCAGGCCCAGGGGGCCAUAGGCCUGCUGCUCCAGCAGUGGGCCCCGGGGGCCCCUGAGAAACUGUGCAAGGAGCACGCUCUGGUGUUGCGGCGGCGUUACAUAGAGGUGAAGGAGAUUGCCACGGGGAGACUGCUCGCUAAGACCUAUCUGAGAGACAUUGCGUUCUGCGCGGCCGACACCAUGCACCCCAAUGUGUUCCUGUACAUCUGUAAGCAGCAAGGCCAGCAACUGCAGUUACAGUGCAAGAUAUUCUGGUGCACCAGUGCUGAGAGAGCUAAGGACAUCACCGCUUGUCUGGCAAGGAGCUUUCAAACGGCUCUUAGUGAUUGGCAGGGUAGCGAGACCAAUCACAUGGAGAAAGGGGAGGGAUCAUCGGAGGUGGAUGGACUGUCAGUCAUCCCAAGCCUUCAUACUAAUACCUCCUCUGCUCUAUCAGGAUCUCUAAGGACAGGUCGCUGGAGUAGGAGUAGGGGUGUGGCUACUCUGUGUCCUCUCAGAGCGAUGAGGAAGGGGAGGACAGACAGCACCAUCACCAAUGACAGCACACAGUCAACCAUUUGAUAUUUUACCUUGACUCUCUCUGCCAACUGAUAAUCUGUUGGGCCUAGCAGAGCCUCACUAGCUCCUGCAGUACCCAACAGUAUUGAAGAAUGGACCACUGCCAAACUAAGCUUAGAGCCCAGAACUACAUUUUGUGUGUGUGCUGGCCAGCUGCACUGUGUGUCUGUCAUGAGAGACUGCUGCCAAAAUGAUUCUUAUUAUGGACUUGAAUAAAGCUAAGGGUGUGACUCAAAAGCCCCACAUGCAACAGAGCACCCCUUUAUCACCACCAACAGGGUCAUUGUGUUUACGCCUGAGCACUAUUUUGGCUUGGUUUGAAUUUUUUUAUGUUAUUUAACUAGGCAAGUCAGUUAAGAACAAAUACUUAUUUACAAUGAAGGCCUACCCCGGCCAAGUUAAAUGGGUUUCCAUUGCAUUUUCAACUCUACUGAUGGCUUUGUUACCAAGAAAAUGGACUUAUGUAGUGAGUGUGUCCACUCUGGUAUUGGCAGUUCACAUUAGCCAACAGCUCGCAUAAUACAGUACGCGCAUAGCCUACAGGAUGAGAUUACUAUGGACAAAAGAGUGAGAUUAUUUGUAUUUAUCAAAUAGCAGCCAAGCAUCAAUCAUCGUGUCACCAGCAUAAGACCCUCAAUAUUUAUUGCAAAGGAGUAUCAAGCUCAUCACUUUGCACUUUCACCAUCCUGUGCAGUUCAUCAUCAUUUAUUUAAUCUGUAGCCUAAUAAACUGCAGCCUGAUAAUGCUUUCCCGAGUCGUAGUGGGAGGACCACACAUGUCAUUGCGUGACUCCAAAUUUGAUUUGAUAUAAAGGUCAUUCCCAGCUAGCACAGAACGUUACUGUAACGUUCCCUAAAGGUUCUCCUUUGGUUCUUAGAAAAAUAACUUUCACAGAAUGUUCUUUCACAGAGUUGUGAAAGUGCAUGAGAAAACAAUACAUUUACUAAGUGAUUAAUCGGUUUCUGAUUCUUUGUCUCAUUUACAGCUCCGUUUUGUCAAGUAUUUUACUAGUUUAAAAGGUGAGCAGGUUUACUUCACUACUACAAUAGACACUCACCGAACAGUUUAUUAGCCACAACACCCUGUUCAGAAAUAGCUAUUAGUCCGCUUCUCUAAACAGAUUUCACACAUAUAUUACUUUGUAUACAGCACCAGUCAAAAGUUUGGACACACCUACUCAUUCAAGCAUUUUUCUUUAUUUUUCUACAUUGUAGAACAUUAGUGAAGACAUUGAAAUAACAUAUAUGGAAUAAUGUAGUAACCAAAAAAGUGUUAAUAAAAAAGGCCAAAUAUCUUCUUAAAAUUAAAACCUUUUGUGACUAGGGGCCAGUAUUUUCAUUUUUGGAAAAAUAACGUUCCCGUAGUAAACAGGAUAUUUUGUCAGGACAAGAUGCUAGAAUAUGCAUAUAAUUGACAGAUUAGGAUAGAAAACACUAAAGUUUCCAAAACUGUAAAAAUAUUGAAUGUGAGUAUAACAGAACUGAUAUUGCCUGAGAAAAAUCCAAUCCGGAAGCGCCUCCUGUUUUGAAAGCGCUGCGUUCCAAUGCGUCCCUAUUGAGCAGUGAAUGGGCUAUCAACCAGAUUACUUUUUCUCUGUAUUCCCCAAGGUGUCUACAGCAUUGUGAUGUAGUUUUACACAUUUAUGUUGAAGAAUACCCGUAAGUGGCUACACUGCGUAAGUGGUCACCUGAUGCUCUAAGAGUGAUUCUCGCGUAAAAUACAGAGGUAGCCAUUAUUCCAAUCGGUCCUACUGAAAAACAAAUUGUCCCGAUGGAUAUAUUAUUGAAUAGAUAUUUGAAAAACACCUUGAGGAUUGAUUUUAGACAACGUUUGGCAUGUUUCUGUCGAUAUUAUGGAGCUAAUUUGGAAUAUUUUUCAUGACUGCAAUUUCCGGGCGAUUUCUCAGCCAAACGUGAAGAACAAACAGAGCUAUUUCGCCUACAAAAAUAAUGUUUUUGGAAAAAAGGAACAUUGGCUAUCUAACUGGGAGUCUCGUGAGUGAAAACAUCCGAAACUGAUCAAAGGUAAACAAUUGAAUUUGAUUGCUUUUCUGAUUUCCGUGACUAAGUUACCUGCUGCUAGCUGGACAAAAUGCUAUGCUUGGCUAUCGAUAAACUUACACAAAUGCUUGUCUAGCUUUGGCUUUAAAGCAUAUUUUGACAAUCUGAGAUUGAGAUUAUUAACAAAAGGCUAAGAUGUGUCUCAAUAUAUUUCACUUGUGAUUUUCAUGAAUAGGAAUAUUUUCUAGGAAUAUUUAUGUCCAUUGCGUUAUGCUAAUUAGGUGUCAGUCGAUGAUUAUGCUCCCUCAUGCGGGAUGUGGAGUGACUAGAGGUUAUUAACCUGUUACCCCCUACUUUUUCGAACAUUCUGUUAAAAAUCGCGCAACAUUUCAGCGCCCUGCUGCUCAUGCCAGGAAUAUAGUAUAUGCAUAUGAUUAGUAUGUGUGGAUAGAAAACACUCAGACGUUUAUAAAACUGGUUAAAUCACGGCUGACUAUAACAGAACGUGCGUUUCAUCGAAAAGUGCAGGAAAAUCUGAUCACUGAAAAUUGAAAAAUAUAUCCAUGCGCGACUUGAACCCAUUGAUAAAGGUGAACCACAUUUAAUGGGGCUGAGGUUGCAAUAUCUACCGCUUCCACACGUUGUCUAGAGUCUUGUCAUUUGCCUACUAUUUGUUUCUUGGUCAAACAGACGCAAGGCAGCGCAUUUCUUCCGGUCUCCGAUCGGAUAUUUUGGUUGAGAUUUACCCGGACAUUACUUCCAGACGGACAGCUAAAGAAUAUACUUCGCCUCGUGAUCAAUUUGAUCGCUUAUUAACGUUUACUAAUACAUAAAGUUGCAUUACAAAAGUAUUUCGAAGUGUUUUGUGAAAGUUUAUCGUCGACUUUUUUAAUUAAAAAAAAUGUUACGUUAUAAGACGCUAUUUUUUUCCGUUUAUCACACAGUCUUCAUAGAUCGAUAUCUAGGCUAUAUAUGGACCGAUUUAAUCGAAAAAAAUACCCAAUAGUGAUUAUGGGACAUCUAGGAGUGCCAACAAAGAAGAUGGUCAAAGGUAAUGAAUGUUUUAUAUAUUAUUUGUGCGGUUUGUGUAGCGACUAUGCUAAUUAUUUUGUUUACGUCCCCUGCGGGUCUUUUGGGGUGUUACAUGCUAUCAGAUAAUAGCUUCUCAUGCUUUCGCCAAAAAGCAUUUUAAAAAUCUGACUUGUUGCCUGGAUUCACAACGAGUGUAGCUUUAAUUCAAAACCCUGCAUGUGUAUUUUAAUGAACAUUUGAGUUUUAACUAGUACUAUUAGCAUUUAGCGUAGUGCAUUUGCAUUUCCAGAUGUCGAGAUGGGACGCCUGCGUGUCAGGUAGGAGCAAGAGGUUAAGUGAUAUGACAUGCUAUUCUAUAAAAUAAUUUCUCCGUAAUUAAUAUUACCUGAUUGAGGUAAUCACGUAAAUGUAAUUAACUAGAGAGUCGGGCACCACAAAAUAAUAUUUAUAGAGCUGUUAUCUUCCAAAUAAACUCCUAAAGACCUAGUAAUAUUUUACAUCAAUAGCAGUCAAUAUUAAUCGUCAUCUUAAUUCAGUCUCACCUGAAAGUUGUAAAUUCUUGGUUAUCUGCACGAACCCUGGUUAACAAUUUGAAUCAGCAAUGCAAAAUUGGGUUUAAUUAUUUAUUUACUAAAUACUUAACUAAUCACACAAAUUACACACAUAUAAUUAAAUCAUAACUUGAUUACACAUUACGUCACAAAGGAAAACAUCGCUAGUGGGCGGAACAGAUAUGACAGCUUGUUACACAAAAGAAAAGGGGCUGGGUUUGAGUGAAAGAGAGGGAAGAUGGAGGAACAAAGGGCGAAGCUGUGCUAUCGUAAAUACAGUAUCUUAUGCAUUCUAAAUUACCCCCCCCCCCUUUGGAAAAGGAAAAUGCAAUAAAUAUUUACUCUGAGCUGCGCUUCGGUAGGUUGGUGGUAGAUGGAAGGCCGUGUUGCCCAACCGAGUCCUGUGUCCUUUGAAGAAUGUUUCUGCUGGUAAAUUGAAUACUUUGUAGUAAUGUCGUUGUGUGGUAGACGGGAUACUCUGUCUGUUCCUUCCUAACCCUUGUUUGCAGAGGAUGUUGCUAACUCAACGGCCAGGAGGUAUAUUUUGUAGUGAAUAAGAGUUCAAAGUUCAUACCAUUCGCAACCAAAGCUCACGCUGAUGUUGGCUUCGUUCUGUAGUUAUUAUCUGAACCUGUCACGCCCUGGCCUUAGUAUUGUGUUUUUUUUAUUAUUUUGGUUAGGCCAGGGUGUGACAUGGGUGAUUAUGUGGUUGUCUUGUCUAGGGGUUUUGUAGAUUGAUGGGGUUGUGUUCAGUGUAGUAUUCUAGGUAAGUCUAUGGUUGCCUAGAGUGGUUCUCAUGGAAGCCCGAGAGUCAGCCCCAAAAAUGUCUUGGGGGGAGGCACAGGGAGAGUGUGGCAGAGUCAGGAGUCAGACCUGAGCCAACUCCCCCUGUUUAUCGUAGGGAGCCAAUGAGGAAACCAGAACCAGAGCCGGUGUUGGAGGUGAGCGAAGCAGAGACCGUGAAGGAGUUAAUGGAGAAAUUGGAGGGGGUUAUGGGGGAGUUGCUGUGUUGGUGCAUGAGGCAUGGAAUUCACCCGACGGAGCGUGUCGGGUAUUUGAUGGCACCUGGCUCAGCUCUCCAUACUCAUCCUGAGGUGCGUGCUAGUCGUCUGGUGAAGAUUGUGCCAGCCUCACGCACCAGGCCUCCUGUGCACCUCCCUAGCAUUGCACGUCCUGUGCCAGCUCAGCGCUACUAGCAGUGCUAACCGCGGUGGGCGUGGUACUGGUCAGGCACCGUGUUUUGCGGUGGAAUGCACUGUGUACCCAGUACGCAUGCUUAGCCCGGUACGCUACAUCCCAGCUCCACACAUCUGCCGGGCUAGGGUGAAGAUUCAGCCAGGGCGGUUGGUGCAGGCCCUGCUCUCAAGAUCUCCAGUACGCCUUCACGGUCCGGUCAAUCCAGUGCCUCCUCCACACACCAGCCCUCCGGUGGCAGCUCCCCGCGCGUGUCCUCAGCCCAGUACCACCAGUGCCAGCACCACGUACCAGGCCUGCAGUGCGCUUCGUCUGUCUAGAGCCGCCAGAGUCUCCCGUCUGUCCAGAGCCGCCAAAGUCUCCCGUCUGUCCAGAGCCGCCAGAGUCUCCCGUCUGUCCAGAGCCGCCAGUCAGCCAGGAUCUUCCAGAGCCGCCAGUCAGCCAGGGGUCUCUCUCAGUCCUGGGCUAACUCUCAGUCCUGGGCUAACUCUCUUUCUUGAGCUACCCCUCAGUCCCGAGCUACCCCUCAGUCCCGAGCUACCCCUCAGUCCAGUGGGGCCCUUUGUUAGGGUUUCUGGACCAAGGUUGACGGCGAGGUUCGUCACUCAAAGGACGCUAAGGAGGUGGACUAAGACUAUGGUGGAGUGGGAUCCACGUCCAGAGCCAGAGCCGCCACCAUGGACAGACGCCCACCCAGACCCUCCCCUAUGGGUUUAGGUGUGCGGCCGGGAGUCCGCACCUUUGGGGGGGAGGUACUUUUUCCAAGGUUUGUAUAUGUAUAUUGUUCACGUUAUCAUCUUUAUUAAAGAUGUUCAACCAUAACCGCGCUGCAUUUUGGUCCUCUCCUUCCCAGGAAGAAAACCGUAACAGAACCAUUCUGACAUUGGACCGUCGUCCUCACAUCUUCGGAACAGGAGGUUACAUUGCCGUCAAGGGUGUCAGGAUUUGGCCAGGGUUGUUCCGGUGUUUGGUCACUAGAUGCCCCCAUUGUGCCUUUUGACCUUUUGUUUUCCCUUGAUCCCCAUUAUUAUUUGCACCUGUGCCUCGUUUCCCCUGAUUGUAUUUAAACCCUUUGUUUUCAUCAGUUCUUUGCUCUGUGUUUGUAUGUUAGCACCCAGCCCUAGUACUCUGUGAAUGCUUGUUGAUCCCGGUGGACUCUCUUGUGGAAUUCUGUUUUUUGUUCUUGUUUGUUUGUUUUUGAGUAUCUUUUGAGGCUUUUUGUGCUAUACCUUCCACCUUGUGGAUUUACCUUUUUGUCUUGGAGGAUUACCUUUGUUCUUGUGGAAUUCCUUUUGAGGUUGUGGAGUUACAUGUUUUCCUGAAGAACUUCUCUUUUUACUUCAUUAAAUACACCGUCUCAAGUACUGCUGUGUCUGCCUCAUCUUCUGGGUUCUGCCGACUAUUCGUGGCUCAGUUGGUUAAGUGACUGUUUCUCACUCCGGAGACCCAGGUUCGUAACCGGGUCCUGACAAAGGGCUUAUAUAGGAAGGGAGAGGAGGCGUGUUUGAAAAGUUUUAUAGCGCAUGUCCCUCCACAGGGGCGGUCCACUGAUUGAGCAGAGCCCUAUAUUAUGAAAACCCAAAUCUCACAUUUUAUCCCAUCAUGAAUAAUUUCAUAUUCAAACAUUUCAAUUGAACAACAAUUCCAUGUGAAUCCAAUUACUCUGAUGUUUAGACAUUCCACUGUAGUGUUUGUCAUCUUAUCAUUGAUGCGAAUGUCUCAGAGGACUACCGAAUUGACAUCAUAUUCAUUAAGUACCACCGCAAAUGUUCCAUUGGUCAGAUUACCAGAAUAUAGUUAAUUUCCCCCCACCUUCUGAUGUUCCCAGAAUCUAUAUGUUAACCAAGGGUUUUGCAAAUGUAACAUCAGUAGGGUAGAGAGGAAAAAGGGGGGAAGAUGUAUUUAUGAUGGUCAUAAAUCUACCCCCCCCAGGACAACAUCAUGACAAUAUCUUGAAGAUUAUUAUUUUUGAUCAUGCUGCAAUGUACAAGGAUAUCAUCCAGUCUUGUUCCUCCUGUUUGUCAAUAUUACCCUGAAAUUCUCAAAAUCCACAUUUGUUCCUGAGCUUUUUGGAAAUUUGAUUUAAUAUUGGAGCUGAAACCCACCAGUGCCCAAGAGUCGGUGGCCACAAACACUCCUAAUUUUUUCUCAUGUCUGAGCCACCGUUCUGUGGAUAAUAACUUGUCAGUACUACAUCCACCAAUUGUUUUUACUAUAAUAGGGUAAAAUAUAACCAACUGCUCCUCGUUGACAUAGUGGUUGAGAAUCCCCGCCUGUCACGUGGGAGAAUGGGGAGGAACGACUGCUUUUUAAGGCAUAUCUAGAGUGUAUGAUAUCGCUAAGUCCACAGCUUGAAUUCCUAGCGUAUUUUCUGCUAAUGCUUUCUGAUAAGAUUCAGUCUGUAGAUUGUGGGAUUCUGUAUUUUACAUUAUAGCCAUUACCAUAUAUAUAUGAUUAAAUAUUAUCCGAUGUUGGCUGUGUGAAGUAUCUGCAUUUGUGUACUUGAGGAUCAUCAUGAGAUUAAACAACUGCUUUCUACAUCUACUUACCCUGUUUGUGUGUGUGACAAGAACUGAGUAACAUGGUGUGACCUGCAUGUUGCAAAACUGUAGAUGACAGCCCAGCAGAUGCUUUGUCCUUGUGUUUGUAUGUAACAAUAUUGAGCACAUGGUGAGACUUGCUGUAUCUUACUUACAAAGUUGUGGUUAAGCAGGCAUAGGGAGGGGUGGUCAUCACGAGUUUUGACUGAGAUGGAAAAAUACUGAACAACACAAUAGCAGGAACUGAGCAACUGUUAUAACUAGGGGGUGAUACCAGAACAGUAAGAAUCUAUACAUCGACGGAGGGAGGACUCCAAGAAGCGCCAAGAGGCAGGGACUGCCUGAGCAAGUCUAAACCGCGCUCAGCCUCUACUGUGAUAGGCCAACAAACAGGUUGGAACAAUGUCUAUUACAGUAUAAGAACAACUGUUUAUGUACAUCCUGUCAGUUCCCUGUUCUGCCCUGCCUGGUAUUACAUUGAGCCCGUAUAUACGAAAGUUGCAUUUGCCAUUUAUUGCUUAUGUAACAGUUGUUAAAGUACUAUGUGAAUUUCACCAGGUUCAUGUGUUGAUUUGUUAUGCAUGCCUGCAUCCUGGGAGAAGGGGAGUGUGUACUUACGUUUUGCCAGGCGUGCUCGUGCUCAAAUCAUUUUGAUGCACUGAGAGAGGUAGGCACGCUUUUUCUGUCUUCAGAAAAGUUUGAUUCUUUUAAGUACAAAGUCAUACACACAGUGUUUUGUUCAUGAAUAAUGAUGUAUAUUUAGAGGUUACUCAUAAGUGGAUGGUAUUGUUAAGAUGCACUUGUAAUUGUACUUUUUAGGAUGAUAUCAACAUUCUGAAUUCAACAUGUGGUUAAUAGCUAGCUAAGGUAUUAGCAGGCUAUUGUAUGUGUGAACGAUGGCUAGCUCCUCGAAUGAUCCCAGUCCCUCCUAUUGUGCAUCUGUUGUAGAAAGAGGCGACGAUUCUCAGAACAGAUGUGCUCUACAAAUGUUUUAUUUCCUUUUGGAUGCAGAUGCAAGAUGCCGAGAGUCAGUUCUGCUUGAUUAAAACUACCUGAUCUCCAAAGUCCACGUUUAUAGUCUCUAUCAACCACACACAACGCAGAGUUACAGCAGUGCAGUAUAGCACCGGCUACACUUAGUUAAUAAAAAAAAUACAUAGUAUACAAUCGGUGACUCAUUGUCAUAUUUAUCCUGAUACCAGAUUCGAAUUUACGCAACUCUAACAUGGGUAAUUUCAGUCUUGCAAUAUAUUGGUGUUUCAGUGGUAGAAUUGUCGCUAAGUCCACAUAGCAGGAAAUACGCUUGGAAUUUAAGCUAAUCCUUUCUGAUGCGAUGGCUAGUCUGUGGGGUAAUUUCAGUCUUGCAAGAUAUUGGUGUUUCAGUGGUAGAAUUGUCGCUAAGUCCACAUAGCAGGAAAUACGCUUGGAAUUUAAGCUAAUGAUUUCUGAUGCGAUUUCUAGUCUGUGGGGUAAUUUCAGUCUUGCAAGAUAUUGGUGUUUCAGAGGUAGAAAAGUCCACAUAGCAGAAAUAUACUUGGAAUUCAAGAUUAUGUUUUCUAACUACUAUUGUGUAGCUUGUGAUUAGCAUAGAGCAAAACAUAUUACAUGUACAUGUUUGUGAGAGUUUUCAGCUUUCCAAAGAUGGGUCAUUAUAGUUUAUAGCUCAAACCAUUCCAUCUUGGGAGAAGGGUAAUGGUUAGGGUUAGCACACAACCCUCCUGAUUUUUUCACACGGCCGACCCACCAUUCUGUGCAUAAACCUUGUCAGCACAAUAUCCACCAAUUAGGUAACAAUAUGGAAUGCCGGCUGAGAGAAGAGCCCUAUCAGACCCUGUUUUAUUUACUAUAAUAGGAGAAAAUGUAACCACCUGCUCUUUGUUAGUAUAGUGGUGAGUAUCCAUGCCUGUCUCAUGGAUUUUGAGAUUUUUGACAUGUGUACAAACCCCAGAGGUAGAAAUCUGUUAGAUUGCCAGGCUAUCCAGAAAUCUCUGGUAAUGGUAGAAUUCUCAACUGCCUCUUGAAGUCUGAGUAUGCAUUCUCAGUAGACCUUUGUCAAUACAUUGUCGAUUUCUAGUGUGAGGUGAUUUACUUCGUGCAAGGCUUUAGUUCUAGAAUGGGUAAGGAAUAUCCAACUAGUUAAUGUCCUGGGAUUUCCCACAAUGUGCUAUGUAGAACAACGCCUUACCUUCUCACUAUUUUGUGGCUUGUGUGCGGCGUAGAGAAUAAUCGAUUACAUGUAUGUGAGAGCUUUCCAUAGAUGGAAUAGCAGAAAAGGUCAAAUUAGGUCACACAUUACCGUUACGGCUAUACAUGACUGGCCGCAUAUGGAUAGGGGCUAGUUCCCAUCAACUAGCGCUAAUGAAGUGACACCUUGUCGAGAAUGUCCGUUUAAUAGAGUUGUGAUAACAGUAUGUUGUGGAGUAACAAUACAAACUUCCUCUGCAAAAGGCUACUUUUUCCUGGGGGCAUGCUUUGUAGACCAUUCACAAGUGGUCCUAAUCCUGGUCCCUGUGAAUAAACCCACAUGUUAUGAUAGUUUAGAAAUAGUAUUAGUUAUGGUGGUGAAGGAGAGGUUGAGUUAAAAUCCUAGCAAGAGCAUGCCAACUUGCUUAUGUGGCCUUGACAUAACACAUGUUGAGGUGGGUUCCAGAAGGACAUUAGACAGCAAGGGAAAUUGGAUUAUAAAAUGUUAGGUGUUACGAAUCCCUUUGCCUCUACAGUCUAGGGGGGAUGGCAACGAGACCCGUAACAUAACUCAUGCAAAUUUAUAACAGUGAAAAAGUAACCGUGAGAACAAAUAACCCCAGACAAUUUAAAUCAAACACUCAUGGUUUAUUUAGUAAAGAGGGCAGGAAAAGAGGCUGGACCCAAUGACAGAAAUAAAUAUCCAAAAACACCCCUAAGCUAGACGAGCCUACUUCAAUACAGCUAACCAAAAAGUGGGUGGUCCACCCAGUUCUAACUAGUGUUCUUAGACAAAGUAUUCCUACAGGUAGUGUGUACGCCCUCUUGGUACCCCCUUUUCCCACCAUCAAACAAACAGUCAAACACCAUAACAAAAAACAAUACUGGCAGGGUAACAGACAAAGUGACAUGUAGUUGCUAAACCAAAAAAAGAGAGCUCUACAGAGAGAUUGCAUGACAGAGAUUGAGCUCAUUGGAAAACAACUGACAUGGUUUUGAAACCAAGGGAAAGGAUCGGGUAAAGGAAAAGGAGCAGGUGUCUUCUGAUUGGGGAAUAAUCAUUGUCACCUGUGAGGGGAGAAGGAGAUAAAAGAAACACACUGGACACCUGUAUCCGUAACAUUAGCAUCAACUGGUGUUGAGUAGGAUCUACGAUCACUCCUGUCCAUAUAAUCUUAUUCCAGAGACAACUGAUUCAGUAUGAUCUAUACAAAGCUGAUCCUACCACAGUACUCCUCUGUACGCAAUUAUUAAAUGUCUCAGGCUAAGAAUGCUGAACUGGAAUCAGUUACCCCCUCAUACUCGUAAAUGCAAAACACAUCCUAGUUCAGCACUCCUACCAAGUGAAUGUUGGGUCUGGGGUGCUAAAUUACAUGAACAGUGGUUGAAAAAGUACCCAAUUGUCAUGCUGUAUAAAAGUAAAGAUAUCUCAAUAGAAAAUGACUCAAGUGAAAGUCACCCAGUAAAAUACUACAUGAGUAAAAGUCUAAAAGUAUUUGGUUUUAAAUAUACUUGUCACGUCUUCUGCCGAGGUUGGUCUCUCUCCUUUUGUUCGGGCGGCAUUCGGCAGUCGACGUCACCUGUAUUCUAGCCAUCACUGAUCCAUCUUUCAUUUUCCAUUGGUUUUGUCUUUAUUUUCUACAUACCUGGUUUUCAUUACCCAAUUACAUGUUCAUGUAUUUAACCCUGUUUUUUUAUUUAUUUAACCCUCUCUAUUUUAACCCUCUGUUUUGUUGUGCGUGAGUACGUCUUUGUUCAGUUCUGUUUAUUGAUGGCUGUUUUUUUGACGGGUGCUGUGUUCACCCGUGCGUAAUAUUUACCGUUGGUUAUUGGUCAAGAGUAUUUGUUACCUUGUGCCUUUAUUUUUUGAUUAAAGUAUGUUGCUCACUUA